GGAAUCAUGACAGAAGACAUUCAAGUUACAUCCGGAGUACCAGAGUCUAAUCGGAAUGUGCCCUCUGAAAAGCCACAACUCCAGGUCAUUGAUAUUAUCGAUCAAAUGGCAAAUUCUGUUGAGAUAUUUCCAUAUGAAAAUGCAGAGUUUAAUCCUGACUCUCUGCUUAUGCAAGCGGAUCAAGAAGGAACCGAUCACUUAGUAGAAAGCACAGCUUGUGACGUUUCUGGUGGGGAGAAAGAAUAUCAAGGUCUCUGUGACGAGAAUUAUCCUAUAAGCACCAGAGCACAUGAAGGAACUAAGCAUGAGGAAAGGAACACACAGCAGCUUUGGGAUGAAAAGGUCUACAGCACUAAUGAGGCUGAAGAGGACCAGGAAGAAGUACAGGUGCAUCAACACAAGGAGCAAACUGAAAUGGAAACAUACUUAGAAGUCAAUGAGAAUGCAACAGCAGAUUUUGUUGGGGCAGAAGAAGUCAUGCAGAAUGAAAAUAACGGGGAGUCACAUAAAGAAUGCCAGGAAACCAACAGCAAAGAAUGUCUUCCUAUUGAUCCCAGAAGUAACUCUGAGAUUGAGACACCAAACGAGCAGUUCGGCACCAUGAAAAAAAGUGAUAUAUCCCGGCACAGUUAUUCUCGAUACAAUACAAUAUCUUAUCGGAAGAUCCGCAAAGGAAACACGAAACAGAGAAUUGAUGAAUUUGAGUCCAUGAUGCAUUCAUAA